AUGUCUUCGACAUCCCCCGCCUCCACCACCUCCAAGGUCCCCAUGGACGACGGCGCCCGCCUUUUCGUCAAGGUCCUGGGCGGGCCCAUCACGAACACGGCCAAGCCGCUGCUGAUUGCGCUGCACGGCGCGCCGGGUCUGCUGUCCCACCGCGAGUCGGAGGCCACCUUUGCCUUUUUGGCGCCGCACUUCCGUGUGAUUGCGUACGACGCGCGCGGCAGCGGCGCGUCCGACCUGACGCCGCCGUACACGCAUGCGCGGUGGGUCCAGGACAUUGAGAAUCUCCGGACGUGGGCGGGCGCCGAGACGUUUGUGCUCGCCGGCCACUCGUACGGCGGGUUCGUGGCGCUCGACUAUGCGCUGGCACACGGCGACCGGCUGUCGGCCCUGGUGAUCCGGGACACGUGGACGGACGGGCGGGCAGCGCCCAUGGCAGCGCUGGCGCGGGCCGUGACGGACCCGCGUGUGGCGGGCCGGGUGGACGUGGAGCGGCAGAUCCGGCUCUGGUCCGGGCGGCUGCAAGACGACGCCGAAUUUGAGCGGGCCAUUGUCGAGAUUCUGUCGGUGUACGGGCCGCCGGACAGCACGGCCGCGGAGACCACCAAGGCGGCCGCCGCCAACCCGCCGCCUCUCGAAGGCGACGGCAGCGAGCGGCCGCUGUACAACUCGGCCGCGCAGAACUGGGCGUUUAGCCAGAACAUGCCGCAAUUUUACGUGCGCGACCGUCUCUCCGAGAUCAAGGCGCGCGCCCUCAUCAUGGUCGGGCGGCACGACAUUGUGACGCCGGUGGCGUUCAGCGAAGAGAUUGCACGGGGGCUGCAGAACGCGCAGCUGGUCAUCUUUGAGGAGAGCGGGCACAAUCCGGCGACGGACGAGCCUGCCAAGUUCCAGCAGGUCGUGCAGGGGUUUUUGCAGUCGCUGUAG